CCAGAAUUUAAUUCCUAUGGCUAUGGCUAUGUACUCAACUACCUUUUUUCCCCCUUCAUAUCCAUUGAAGUUUAAGCCAUCUGCAUAUGCAAGAGAGAAAGUGUGAGAUAGAGAACAUGGAAGAAAGUAAAGGAAGAGUAUGUGUCACUGGAGGCACAGGGUUUAUAGGUUCAUGGAUUAUCAACAACCUCCUUCAACAUGGUUACUCUGUUAAUACCACUGUCAGAUCCAACCCAGCAGAACACAAGAGAGACAUUAGCUUUCUUACUAAUUUACCUGGAGCAUCACAGAAUCUUCAAAUUCUGAAUGCUGAUCUCAGCAAUCCAGAAAGUUUCAGUGCAGCCAUUGAAGGAUGCAUUGGAGUUUUCCAUGUUGCUAGUCCGGUGGAAUUUGAAUUAAAAGAACCUGAAGAAGUUAUGAUAAAAAGAACCACUGAUGGAGCAGUAGGAAUUCUCAAGGCAUGUCUCAAUUCCAACACUGUGAAGAGAGUAAUCUACACUUCAAGUUCCUCUGCUGUUUUGUACCAUAACAGUGGCAAAGAUGAUCAUGAAGAAGUUGUGUUGGAUGAGAGUUUUUGGAGUGAUGUGGAUUACCUUAGAGCAUCAAAGAUUGAUGGUUGGUUCUAUUCUGUUUCUAAGACACUCACAGAAAAAGCAGUGCUUGAAUUUGGGGAGGAGAGUGGAUUGGAUGUUGUGACUUUGGUUCCAACGUUUGUUCUUGGACCUUUUAUUUGUCCUAAGCUUCCUAGCUCAGUUCAUGCUUCAUUGUCCUUGGCAUUUGGUGACAGAGGUCCAUUUGGUUCGCUCCUUCAGGCACCAAUGGUGCAUGUGGAUGACGUGGCUAGAGCCCAUAUAUUUCUUCUUGAACAUCCUAAUCCAAAAGGGAGGUAUAAUUGCUCAUCAUCUUUGGUUACUGUUGAAACAAUGUCUCAAGUUGUUUCUUCUAAAUACCCGGAAUUUCAGCUGUCAACGCUAAACAAGUUGAAGCAAACUGAAGGUGCCAAGUUACAAAAUUUAUCAUCAAAGAAGCUCAAAGAUGCCGGAUUUGUAUUCAAGUAUGGACUUGAGGAAAUGGUUGAUGAUGCAAUUAGAUGUUGCAAAGAAAAGGGUUACAUGUGAGGUUGUUUAGUUAUGCGUUGGUUUUAGGGUUUGAACUUUGAAAAAAAAAAUCUUAUGAUUGACUACUUUUAUGAUUAACAUUUUGCUUAUUUCAAGCCUUUAAUUUCACCGAAUUCAGACUU